UCCGACUUUCAUAUUUCUCCAUGAUUAGACUACCUCUCGGUUUGGCUUUCAAAGUCUCGCAGCUGCAGCGGCAUUCAACAUUUUGGUAGAGUGUUGAGUGAGCUUAGCGAUUGCAAACAUGGGUCAGGAGGUCGACAUGAAGCCUGCGGACCCCGCACCGCCUUCGGUUCUGUCGCAGAUGAAGGUAGUGAUCACCUCAAUAGAGAAGGGAGUAUCGAACAAGGAGAUGCGGUUGAUGGCUCGAGCCAAUCGCCAGAUGCUUGUUGUUCGCCGACAGUUGAAUGCAUCUGUUGUGAACGCAUUCUUAAAGCAUGCCCUCCCGGCUGGUUCUGACGCCCUAGCUCGUCUAUCGCCCUUUGUCGCUGGGAUUGCAAAGAAUGAGAAAGACAUGGACGUGGAUACCCCGCCAAUCUCUGGACAAUCCCAUGUUUCACAGAAACAAUCGGGGCUACCUGAAGUAGAAAUAUUUUGCUACUUGUUGGUUACCAUCUUUUUAAUUGAUCAGAAGCAGCUAGAAGAGUCAAAGACUUGCUCAUCAGCAGCUGUCAAAAGACUCCAACAGCUAAAUCGUCGAACUCUGGAUGUUUUAGCUGCUCGAGUUUACUAUUAUUACUCCUAUAGCCACGAGCUGACAAAUUCUCUUGCUGACAUCCGUGGGACUUUACUUGCUUUACACCAGACGGCUACACUUCGACAUGAUGAGCUGGGGCAGGAAACAUUAUUGAACUUGUUGCUACGUAAUUACCUGCAUUACAAUCUCUAUGAUCAUGCGGAGAAGCUUCGGUCAAAAACUCAACGAUCCGAUUCUCAUUCGAACCAACAGCUUUGUCGGUACCUUUACUAUUUGGGAAAGAUACGAACAAUUCAACUAGAGUAUACUGAUGCCAAGGAGUGCUUGCUGCAAGCAGCGCGAAAGGCCCCCACUAGUGCUAGAGGCUUCAAAAUUCAGUGUACGAAGUGGGCAGUUAUUGUACGCCUUCUCUUGGGCGAAAUUCUUGAACGCACAACAUUCAUGCAGCCAGGGAUGCGCAAGGCUCUUCGACCCUACUUCGAUCUCACCAAUGCUGUGCGUAUUGGAGAUUUGGAGCUGUUUCGCCAAGUCGCUGAGAAGUAUUCAAGUGUUUUUACUGCCGACAAGUGCCACAAUCUGAUUGUGCGCCUGCGACAUAACGUUAUUCGAACGGGACUUCGAAAUAUCAGUAUUGCUUACUCACGUAUCUCUUUAGCCGAUGUAGCCACAAAACUACAUCUUGAUUCUGCUACACCUGUGGAUGAUGCCGAGAGCAUUGUUACUAAAGCCAUUCGGGAUGGAGGAAUUGAUGCUAGUGUUGACCACUCUAAUGGCUGGAUGCAGUCAAAAGAAACCAGCGACAUCUACUCAACUCAGGAACCUCAACAGGCAUUCCACUCUCGAAUUGCGUUCUGUCUGAACACACAUAAUGAAGCGGUGAAAGCCUUGCGUUUUCCUCCUGAUGCUCACAAGAAGCAAUUGGAGAGUUCUGAAAAGCGCCGUGAGCGUCAGCAGCAAGAGCAGGAGCUUGCAAAGCAUAUUGCUGAGGAGGAUGACGAUGAGUUUUAGAUAGCUUUCUAGGUUCUACAUGGUAGACCAGAUGUUCUCUACUUUUUUCAAGCUCUUCAAUUUUUUCGUCUGUGCUUGGAAAUUCCUCUUGUAAUGCUACUGGCUGAAAUAAAAUUUUCAUCACUUGUAGUGGCACUUCGCUGUUGGGAUGUUACAUCCUUACAUUUA